AUGGUGGAUCCUCAGAAAAUUCAGGCAGUCAAGGAAUGGGCUAGACCCACAUCAGUGAUCGAGAUCCGUAGUUUUGUGGGUCUGGCUAGCUACUAUUGUCAGUUUGUGAAAGGACAGCGGAGGUGGAUAGAACUACUAAAGGACUAUGACAUCACCAUUUUGUAUCACCUUGGUAAGGCUGAUGUGGUGGCUGAUGUGGUAGCUGAUGCAUUGAGCCGGAAGUCGACUAGCAAGGUGUUGGCUUGUGUUGAGGCUCGGUCAUCAUUUUUAAAGCAGAUUAAGGCUAAGCAGUUUGAAGAUGCUAAGGUGAAGUAUGAGCAUCAGAAACCUGAGAGUACAUUGCAGAGAAUGCCCAUUCUAGAAUGGAAGUGGGAAAGAAUAGUUAUGGAUUUUGUAGUGGGCCUUCGGAAGACAUUAGGGAAGUUUCACUCCAUCUGGGUUAUUGUUGAUAGGUUGACUAAGUCUGCCCACUUCGUUCCGGUGAAGAUAACUUAUGAUGCAGAGAAGUUGGCUAAGGUUUACAUUCGGGAGGUACUUAGACUCCACAGGGUUCCUAUUUCCAUCGUAUCCGACAGGGGCACCACGUUCACAUCCAGGUCUCCUAUUGGGUGGUUCGAUGCGUUUGAGGUGAGGCCUUGGGGCACUGAUCUUCUGAGAGAGUCCUUAGAGAAGUUAAAGGUGAUUCAAGCCAAGCCGUUGGCAGCACAGAAUAGGCAGAAAGAGUAUGCGGACAGCAAGGUCCGAGAUCUUGAGUUCGAGGAAGAGGAGCAAGUGCUAUUGAAGGUCUCACCCAUGAAGGGUGUGAUGAGGUUUGGGAAAAACGUGUUGUUAGAUGAAAAUCCUUCAUAUGAGGAAGAGCCCACUGCUAUCCUUGACAGGGAUGUCCGCAAGUUGAGGUCCAAGGAAAUAGCCUCUGUAAAAGUUAAGUGGGAGAAUCGACCAGUGGAAGAAGCCACUUGGGAAACAGAGGCGGAUAUGCGUAGUAAAUACCCUCAGCUUUUCGCCGAAUCAGGCUUCAUGCCAUUAUUCCUGUGUGAUUUAAUCUGCAGUGGUUGUAUUGUGAUGAGAAGUUAA